AUGGCGGCUGAAGACCCUCGUGCACAAUCUUUGACCCGCAACGUCCAGCACGUCGUUCUUGGCAAUCUGCGUUUCCAAACCUGGUACCAAUCCAUCUACCCAGAAGACCUCGUAAGCAAGGACACAGACACGCUCUACGUCUGCCGGUGGUGCUUUCGGUAUGCAUGCGACAUAGGCACCCACGCAAGCCAUACGAAACGCUGCCCUCACCGAACGACACCCCCCGGGACAAAGGUCUACGACCACGCAGGCUAUUCCGUUUGGGAAGUUGACGGCGCAAACUACAAACUCUUCGGGCAGAACCUCUCCCUAUUCGCGAAGCUCUUCCUCGACCACAAAUCUGUGUUUUUUGACGUCGUGUCCUUUCUCUAUUAUAUCCUGGUAUUCACCGAUCCGAAUAACAAUGACCCGAACGAGACAUACCACAUCCUCGGCUUCUUCUCCAAGGAGAAGCUCUCGUGGGACGCGAAUAACCUAGCUUGUAUUCUCGUCUUUCCACCAUACCAACAUAAGCAACUAGGGAAAUUGCUGAUGGGCGUAAGCUACAAAAUUAGCGGCUGGGAGCAGGAUAGCAGCCUAAUCGGUGGCCCAGAGCGGCCGCUGAGUGAAAUGGGGCGCAGGAGCUAUAAUCGAUUCUGGGAGGAGCGAAUAGCGAGAUAUCUUGUUUCUCAUUCUUCCAGUGCGAACGCUGCCGGAGCGGCACAGUCAAAAGAAACCAAGACGCAAAAGCCCACCGCGAAUAAGGGUCGUAAGAAACACCCUCACGAACUUAUGACGGUUCAAGAGAUUGGCCUGGCUACAGGCAUGUUAACGGAAGAUGUCAUUACCGCAUUGCGUGGUCUAGGGGCUCUUGAACCGGCGAGCCCCUCUAAAACACGCAAGAGGACACAAUCGGGAGCAGGAGAGAGUGAUGCGCCUCCCGUUGUUGUUCGAAAGUCCAAGGUCCUGGAGUGGGCUAAGGCCCAUAAAAUCCCCAUACGUGACCCUGUUAGACCAGAAGGCUCUGUUCUGCGUAAUUCAGAGACAGCGGAAAACCGGAAGAUGGAGAUUUCUGGUAGUGAUGAUGACGAGUGA